CUCGGUCGUAUUCGUUCGAUGAUGAUGGCUGUUUUUAUCAGUCUUCAGUCGUGCCCGAACGUAAAAGUGUAGUGUCCGAUCCAGUUGUUUUUAUUGCACCUAGUUCAUUUUCGGUUGAAGUUGCCAUUUUCACUUGAAAUAUUUACCGCAUCGUGUAACUUAGUGCACCGCAACUCCAUUCCACAAAAAGUGAAAUUUGCUUAUUUAUUAAUUCAUCAGUAGCCCUUCAAGAAUGACCUUCAUUUCGCUCCGGUUGAUGGUGAAAGCCUUUCAUCAACCGGUUAGGGCCCUGUCCACUACGGCGGCGCUCAACCGAGACGGAUCGGAGUCCUGGCUCAGCAAGUUGCUGGUCCGUAAAAUCGAGCCCACCAAAGAGUCCCACAGCCGGAUGCUGAGCGACAAAGAAAUUAUCUACGAACUGCACACGCACAACAUCCGCCCGGACUCGGUUGGAUUGUACAUGGAGAAUUAUAAAAAAUCAGUGGAAAUUGUUUCUUCGAAAAAGAAUUUGACCAUUGAGCUGAUCGGAUCGUGGAGCGUUGAAGUCGGUGAUCUGGACCAAUGUCUGCACUUGUGGCGUUACACCGGAGGUUUCGAGAUGGUUGACCAAACCAAAAAAGCGCUGCAUGAGGAUCCCGACUACGUUAAGUUGACUCAGGAGCGCGGUACGUAUCUACGCUCGCGCCACUUACAGAUUCUGCUGGCAUUCAGCUAUUGGCCACAGUUGGCAUUGCGCAAGGAUAAGAAUAUCUACGAGAUUCGCUCGUACCGUCUGAAGCCCGGUACCAUGAUCGAGUGGGGUAACAACUGGGCACGGGCUAUCAACUAUCGCCAGAACAACGAUGAAGCAUUCGCCGGAUUUUUCUCGCAGAUCGGACGACUAUACAAUGUGCAUCAUAUUUGGUGCUACAAGGAUCUUCUGUCGCGUAAGGAAACCCGCGAGUCGGCCUGGAGAUCGCCCGGCUGGGAUGAAUGCGUAGCGUACACCGUGCCACUGAUUCGUGAGAUGCACUGCCGGAUUUUGAUUCCAACUGAGUUCUCGCCUACGCAGUGAAACUUUCAGACGCAUUUUGAGACAUGAAGCAUCGAUGUUAUUUACUGAAGAUGGGCCACACGUGCGCUGUUGGUUGCAUCUGUUUCGUUUAGUUUCAUCUGUUGAAUUUGAGCAUUUAUGGUUGAAAUUUGUGACUUCGGCUGUAGAAAAAAGAGUGCAUUUAUAUAAUCAAUCUCGUGGUUAUGAUAUUUGUCAUCCAUACUGUUAUUGGUUCAAAAAGUGAUUGAUAAUGGAUUUUAUUUUUUUGUAAUUGGCAAUUCAAAAUUUAUUUCCAAAUGUGAAAAUAUAUAUAUUUGUGUAGUAAAAAGAUA